AUGGCACACGCCGAGACCACUGCGGACAAGGAAUGGCCGGAGAAAGCUCAUACCGCUGGUAAUGCUGGCGUCAUGGUGGUAGGGCGAUCUGCCUUGCAUGGCGGUCUUCCUGCCGUGUUGCUGGGAGGCCGCUUCUAUUUCAAGCGCAAGGAGUACUUGUACACAGACUUCGGCGGGGGCGUCAACCGCAAGGACAAGGAAUCUCCUCUUCUUGGAGCCUUCCGGGAGUUGGCAGAGGAGCUUUUCGCCGAAGACGAAGAGACAGCCAAAGUCACGGCCCAAGGGAUCUCAGAAGCGGUGCGUUCAGAGCUGCUGGGUGGCAGGCCCUUUAUUUCUGGCGACUAUGUGAUGUUUGUGGUCACCGCAGAGGCUCUUGUCUGCAGCCUUGACAUGGAUCCUGGUGACUCUGCUAUCGAUCGUCUUUUUGAGCAUGCGCGGUUUUUUGACGGCCAUGGCAAGGCGAAUCCAGAGCUCAGCUCUGUAGCCCUGAUAAGCAUCGGGGAGCACUCGGGAAAGGUCGAGGCCAGGGAUGGUGGCCCGGAGGUCAUCAAGCUCCGGCCAGUGAUGGUGGGCCGGAAAGGCGAGCUCCACUAUGGACAGCUUCUACCGCCCGGAGGCGGCGCACAGUGCGGUGUUUAG